AUGGGGCGUGUGUUGUUGAUGUUAUUGCCUCUUACUCUAAGCCUCAUCCUACAACCAUAUGCAGCCGAUGCCCUCAGCGUUCGAGGCCUUCCAAUACUCAGCAAGAAAAACCCUGGCAAAGGACCGAAUCCCCUAAUAAAAAAGGCAUGUGCUACGGCACAAUUCAAACAAUCAUGCAUUCAGACAAUCACCGCACAACCAGGAAGUGCCACCGCGGAUUUAAAGACCCUGGCAUUCAUCUCUCUUAACACAACUAAGGCUCUAGGAUCCAGAAUUGCUGCUUGGGUUGGUGACAAGCUGGAGGACCAAGAGUCGAUGGGUCCUCGCAUCGAGCAGGACUUGACGGAUUGCAACGAUCAGUACACUGAUGCAAUGGCCCAACUCGAGGACUCGUUGGUUGCCUUCUUCUCUAUACUUAUAAAGAUGUUAAGACUUGGAUGA